AUGCAUUGCCAAAAGUGUCGGACCCCUCUGAAGUUAGAUAGCUCCCUCGAAGAUCUUAAUCCAGCAGCAUUUGACUUGCUAGUCGGGGCCACUUCUCACCAACAGCCCAAAAGCCUCCCCUCACCCCGACCUAUUUUUCCACCAGAACGAAAACAGCUAUACGAUCGAGUCUCUAAAAAUGCCCCUCCGCCCACCUUCAAGCGGCACAUAUCAGGGCCGCGACGAAAUGAUACUUCGUUGUCUGAUACUACGAGGAGUGGCCUAGCAAACCCCGCCAUGUCCUUUGUCAUGCUUACAGAGUCACAAGUCGUCCCGCCAUCUAUUGUGAAGAGCCCCGACGAUACAAGCCCGAAAAAGCAACGGCAAGACGGGGCUCCGAAUCUGGAUGGCCUAGAGAAUGAGGGGAAGCAAAUGUCACAGGAAAUGGAGAGAGUAUCGCGACUCUUCGAAAUACUCUCUGCUCGCUCCGACAUUGAUCAUCCAAUAUGUGUUGAAUGCACAGAGCUACUUGUAGAUGGAUUACAAAGGCGGUUAGAGGCUGCUACAAAGGAGCGAGAUGCUUAUGGCGGUUUUCUAAAACAGGUCAACGCCAGUAUCCCGUCUGAAGAGGAGGUUAAGGAAGCCCGGGAACACCUGGCAAAAGCUCGGGAGGAUGAAGCGGCCGCUAUCGAAGAGUUGAAGAAAGUAGAGAAGGAGAGAGCAGCAGUGGAUGAAGAGAUUGCCGAGCUUGAAGAGGAAGCUCGGACUCUAGAUCUGGAAGAGGAGAAAUUUUGGCGCGACAGAAACGCCUUUGCCAUGAAACUAGCAGAAUUCCAGAGUGUGAGGGACAGUGUCAAUCAACAGUAUGACCAUGAUGCCCAACUAUUGGAAAAACUACAGCGCACCAACGUAUAUAACGAUACAUUCUGUAUAAGCCAUGACGGCAAGUUCGGGACCAUCAACGGACUGCGCCUCGGGAGACUAUCGAAUGUCCCUGUCGAUUGGCCGGAGAUCAACGCGGCCUGGGGCCACACGCUUCUUUUACUUGCUACAGUAGCUGACAAGCUGGGUUUUAAAUUUGAAGGCUACGAACUUCAACCCAUGGGAUCAACGUCUCGAAUAAUCCGGCACGACUACCCUUCGCCUUCAGCAAGUCGGACCGGCUCUCAACGUGGGAGCACUCGGCCGCCUAAGAAAUCCAUUUUAGAGCUCUACUCUUCAGGCGACAUGCCUCUCGGUCUAACAUUUAUGCACCGAAAGUUCGACACUGCCAUGGUAGCAUUCCUCGCAUGCAUGAAGCAGCUAGGGGUAUUUGUAGAGCAAGAAACCACUCAAACAUCGGAUGGUGGCCGAGGCCUCAGUUUGCCAUAUAAGAUUGAGGGAGAUAAGAUUGGAGACGUGAGCAUCAAACUUGGUAUUGCCCAAGAUGAUGCGUGGAGUCGGGCGUGCAAAUUUACUCUUACGUGUUGCAAGUUCCUUUUGGCGCAUGCUUCCAAUAUCAACGCGCCAAAUGGGAGACAUGGUUCGUAA